AUGCUGGUGACCUAUUUGGAAGCCAGCCGGGACCUUUGCGAGACGGACUCGAUUCUCUUUGGCGCCGCAGUGGAAGUUUGCCGUAUUAUUGGCGCCAAACUUCCCACGAAUGGACGCGCUACUACACAAACUAACGCCAUCCCAGCCUGGAGGAAAAGAAUCGAGGACCGUAUCGCAAAGGCAAGGGCCCUUAUCGGCAGACUGACAAGCUUCAGGUCGGGUAAUAAUAGACCGAGGAUUAUGCGCAACGUUAGGAUGGCGUUUGCUGGGACAAAUAUCAGUUUAUCCCAGCCGGAUAUCACGCUGAAACUAACGGAGCGCAUAGACGACCUGAAGCAAAAGAUCGCUGCUUGGGGGAAGCGGAUUCGACGAUUUUCCGAGGGGUCAAGGCGGUUCAACCAGAAUCGUCUCUUCCAGAGUGAUCAGAAGAGGCUCUAUAAAUUAUUGGAGCGACCAAAGGUAUGUGGAGCGGGCCAAGGACCGGAUCAGGCUGACAUUAUUGCUUUCUGGCGUGGCCUGUGGUCAGAGCCCGUAAACCACAGUGAGGGCCCUUGGAUGGAAGUUGUGGCGAGCCAGGGUGCGAGUGUUACGCCUAUGGACCCCAUCAUCAUAACGCCAGAAAACGUGGCUGAGGUGGUCCUUAGGGCCCCGAACUGGAAAAGUCCGAAGCUCGACGGGCUGCAUCAUAACUGGCUGAAGGGGUUCGUAGUGUGUCACGCUAUGCUCGCCCGACAGUUUCAAGAGGCUCUCGACAAGAAGUCACUCCCGAGCCUCUUCACUACUGGGAUCACUCCCCUUGGUUCCUAA